AUGGAACUUCGAGGCAGAGGGCGAGGCCCCGGCGACCGGGUCCGGCGGCAGCUGCAGUCGGUGGGGCGGCUGGCAGCAUACUUCGGCGGAGGAUUCCUCCUCUUCUCCGCCGCCUCCUCCGUAGCUGUCCGCUCCCUCCGCGCCCUCUCCGACGCCAACCAGUGUCCUGCGCUUCGUCAGAGGAAGUACGCCAUGCCGUGCGGCGCGUGCGAGGGGAAGGGCACCCACGCGUGCAGGCUCAGCAGGGGCAGCGCCACCGUCGAGUGGUCUCCGAUGCACGACCCGGUGUUCGUCAACCCGUGCCUCUGCCCUACCUGCGAUGGGACCCGGUUACCCACCUCCGCCGCCGCUACUGCUGCUAAGUUCCUGUGA